UAAAUGAAACAAGAUGGCUGCUAUAGCAAAUGAGCAUGGUUGGAUCUGAUGAAAACAUCGUUAGUCUUCAUGUUGAAAAGUUUUAAUUAAAUUGUUUAAAAACAGUUUUUUCUGCAAUAAUUCAUCAAUCUAAAGCUAUGGAAAACACAAAGGACACUAAUGGUAUAGUUUGGGAGUGUUCAAAUAUGGUUAAACAGGAAUUGAGUGACGAAAUCAUAACAUUUAUGGACAUGAAAUCAGAUGAAACAUCAGCUAUUUCAAGUUCAGAAGGAGUACAAACAAAUAUAUCAAAACUCUUUUCAAAUUCUGAAGAUAUAAAGCAAAAUGUAUCAACACAAUUUUCAACUGUUAAAGACAAAUACUUGGAGGAAACAAUGCCAUUUUUAGCUUUAGAAUAUAAAAAUCUUGAUAAAACAAAGCCUUUGUUUAAUUUAGAAGAGAUGAAACAAGAUAACCCAACAUCAUUUUCAUCUUCUGAAGACAUGAAACCAAAUAUAUCAACAGCAUUUUCAAUUUUUGAAGAUAUAAAACCUGAGAUAUUAACAAUUUCAUCUUUGGAGAAUGAACAACGAAAUGGUUUCAAAGCACAGCAACAACUUUCUUCCCCACCAGAUUCAACUGAUUUUAAAGAAAAUUUAGCAGUUUUAAAAUCAGAUCUUCAAAAUGAAUUAAAACAACUCAAGUUAUUGCAUGCAAAAUUGAAUGAUAAUCUCCCAACAGAAUAUCAGAUCAAUGAUAAGGGACUGAAGACAUACAAGUGUGAUAUGUGUUGUCAAAGAUUUUUCCAUUUUGAUCAUGUUAAACAACACAUAAACAUUCACACAAGGGUGAAUCCAUAUGGUCAUGAUUUUCAUCAGCAAGAAGUUGUUAUGAUCAGUCAGGGUGAACAGAUUAACAAAAUAAACCUAGAACAGGUAUACAAUAAGUCUAGUUUGUCUAAAAAGUUCACCACAAAGUCUAGUUUAUCUACACACACAAAUAUUCAUUCUGGAAUUAAUAAGCCAUAUGAAUGUGCUGUGUGUAAUAAGAAAUAUCAUAUUAAAAAUAAUUUAGCAAAACAUAUAAAGAUACAUUUAGGAGAAAGACCAUAUGAAUGUGAUGUGUGUCACAAAAAAUUUAGUCAAAAGGGUCAUCUAUCAGAACAUAAAAAUAUUCAUUUACCAGAGAAACCAUAUGAAUGUGAUGUGUGUCAUAAAAAAUUUAGUCAAAAAAAAAAUCUAUCACAACAUAAAAAAAUUCAUUUACCAGAGAGACCAUAUAAAUGUGAUGUGUGUCACAAAAAAUUUAGUCAUGAAGGUAAUUUAUCUAAACAUAAAAAUAUUCAUUUACCAGAGAGACCAUAUGAAUGUGAUGUGUGUCACAAAAAAUUUAAUCAUAAAAGACAUUUAUCAGAACAUAAAAUGAUUCAUUUACCAGAUAGAUUAUAUGAAUGUGAUGUGUGUCACAAAAAAUUUAGUCAAAAAUAUAAUCUAUCACAACAUAAAAAAAUUCAUUUACCAGAGAGACCAUAUGAAUGUGAUGUGUGUCAUAAAAAAUUUAGUUGUAAAAGUAAUUUAUCUAUACAUAAAAAUAUUCAUUUACCAGAGAGACCAUAUGAAUGUGAUGUGUGUCAUAAAAAAUUUAAUCAUAAAUUUAAUCUAUCAGACCAUAAAAAAAUUCAUUUACCAGAUAGACCACAUGAAUGUGAUGUGUGUCAUAAAAAAUUUAGUCUUAAAGGUGAUUUAUCUAAACAUAAAAUAAAUGUUCAUUCAAGUCUCAAGCCACAUGAAUGUGAUGUUUGUCAUAAAAGUUUUGCCCUUAAAUCUAGAUUAUCCAUACAUAAAAAUAUUCAUUUACCAGAGAGACCAUAUGAAUGUGAUGUGUGCCAUAAAAAAUUUAGUCAGAAAGGUCAUUUAUCAAAACAUAAAAUAACUAAACAUUUAGGAGAAAGACCAUAUGAAUGUGAUGUGUGCCAUAAAAAUUUUAGUCAGAAAUAUCAUUUAUCAGAACAUAAAAUAACUAUUCAUUCAAGUCUCAAGCCACAUGAAUGUGAUGUUUGUCAUAAAAGUUUUGCCCUUAAAUCUAGAUUAUCUAAACAUAAAAAUAUUCAUUUACCUGAGAGACCAUAUGAAUUUGAAUGUGAUGUGUGUCACAAAAAAUUUAGUCAAAAGGGUAAUCUAUCAGAACAUAAAAAUAUUCAUUUACCAGAGAGACCAUAUGAAUGUGAUGUGUGUCACAAAAAAUUUAAUUAUAAAAGACGUUUAUCAGAGCAUAAAAUGAUUCAUUUACCAGAUUGAGUGAUGUGUGUCACAAAAAAUUUAAUCAUAAAGUUAGUUUAUCUACACAUAAAAAAAUUCAUUUACCAGAAAGACCAUAUGAAUGUGAUGCAGGGGCGGAACUACAGUGCCGCCAGACCCCGCAAUGCAGGGGGGGGGGGGGCACAGCCGCCCAUAAUCAUUUUUUUUUAUAGUUAAAAUUAAUUUUCUUGCAUUUUUGACUUGAUGGUUUUUUUUGAAAAAAGAAUACUGUAGCUGCGGUUGGAGUAUCUUUAUUCUAUAGACACCAUCCCACGCUCUUGUAUAUUCUUUUUCCUACAAUCAAAUACACGCUGUUGUCGGCAAAAUUCUUUUGAAAAAACAUCAAUUGCGCGAGAGGCCGCUAGAUAUUAAGACGGCUUAUUGAGACCAUCCCAAAUUUGGUACUGAUGGAUAAAAGCACAUCGUCACUUCGUUGGCCCUUUUAAGUCCCUUUCUCAGACCUCCCCUCCCGCUCUUAGCCUUACAAGAAGCGAAUAGAUGGCGCCUCAACAACUAAGCUGGCUCGUAUCGGUGGUAGUGUAGACAAACUAACGCUUCAACAACUAAUAUCCAAGAAAUAAAGUGCCGACAUUGUUUACGUUUAAUAACCACUGUUCUAGAAAACAAGGCAAACGUCUCAAAUAAAUACACGAAUGAUAGCGUGUUUUGUAUAUAUAUAUAUAUAUAUAUAUAUA